AUGAAGCAGCAGAAGAGGUUGAAGUGUAUUAUAUACACAUCUGAAGCAGAGUCAAAAAUGUGUUGGAUUGAUUGUUUCCAAGCCCCACCAUCAAUGAAUCAGGUUCUCUCCAAAGUUGAAGAUAUGAGACACCUCAAAAAGGCAGGCAGUAAAAUUGAUGGAAAGUGCCCUGCAGAGAUGAAAGUCCUCUAUAAGGAAAAAAAGUGCCUUGUUAAUUUUGUGUCCACUCAUGCUGGAUAUUAUCUAGACCUAAGUCAUUUGAAUGUGACACCACAAGAGCAUAGUUGCAGACAUUGCUUGCAGGAUUCCAAUUCAGAGAGAGUAUAUCUCGCAACAUUGCAGGACUUGCAUAACACUAGAGCUUCUUAUAAUUUGGCUUCAAAGUCAGUCAGACAUCAACACGAUGCCAUCAGAGUAGAAGCUUGGGUACAAGAAGUUCAGGAAAGUGAUAAUGCGUGUGUAUUAUUUUAUAAGCCUCAAGAAAUAAUCACUAACCAGCAUGCGAAAUUGAGAAGUGAGGAUUUCAUGUUGGUAAUAAUGAACACUGCACAAGAUGAAUUAUUGGCAAAAUAUGGAAAUGAUUAUAUUUGUGUUGAUGGGACUGGUGGUCUAAAUGCCUAUGAUUUUGAACUUACCACAAUACUAGUACUGGCUGAUAAGAGACAAGAAUAUCCAUGCGCUUUCCUCAUUUCUAACAGAGAUGACAGUGAUGUAUUAAAUAUAUUUUUCAACUAUAUAAAGUCUCAGAAUCCUACAGUAUCACUUGGAAUGGAGCAAUUGGGUCUUCUACAAAGAGACUUGAAUGGCACCUGGCAUGUGAAUAGAGCAUGGACGAACAACAUUAACAGUAAAGUUCUACAUAAGGACCAGAGAACUGAGGUGUACAAGCUUGUGAAGACAUUAAUACAGGUAAGAGAUGUUGCUAUAUUUGAAGAAUCACUGCAAAAAGCACUCCAGAAGCUCUAUAGUGAUACAGAUACAUCCAAAUUCAGUUAUUAUUUGAGGACCUACUAUGAAAAAUAUGUUAACUGUUGGGCAUAUUGUCACAUGCAAGCUGGACUCAAUACAAACAUGCACCUGGAGAGUAUGCACAAGGCUUUAAAAUAUGUACAUGCUAAUGCAAAGCAAGUGAAAAGACUGGACAAAGGUAUAUCUGCACUGAUGUCAUUUGUAACCACAAAGCUGUUUGAUGGGCUUACUGUUAUCAUGAGAGGAAAGGUAACUAUUACAAUAAAAUACAUUUGUGCUAGGCACAAGUCUGUUUUAAUGGAUGACUUCAUUACUAAGGUAGACAGUGGUUGGGAAGUACCUUCUUCAAAAUCAAACGAUAUCUUCCUUGUGAAGGACAAUGACAUUCACUGCAAGUGUAAAUUAGUAUGCAGUAAAUGCGAAGUGCACAUUCAUCAGUAUUCUUGCACAUGCAUUGAUUAUAAUAUUAAAUUAAAUGUAUGUAAGUACAUUCAUAUUGUUUGCCAAACAGAAAAGAAGAGCAGAGGUGAGAUUCCAUGGCAAAAUCAUGUACUGUCAGAUGCACUUGUUGUUGAUGCUGAAGAUUUGUCUGCGACUGAUGAGAGGGAAGCAAGUUGGGCACAAGAAAGCACAAAUAGUAGCUGCAACAACCCAGAAGCAUUGUCAGAUGAAAAGAAGAAGACUGUCUCAAUGUUUCCAGAAGUCAUUGCUGGCAUGUCAACUGCUAAAGUUAAGCUAGCCAAAAAUUGGCGAUGA